CCAACGGUUAUCAAUUAUCCCCGUGUCUUCAACCAAUACGCUUGCUGGAUCUGCCAUUUUGGUGUGUUAUUUGGACCCAAAAGUAACAAGGACAUAGCAGAUUCCGGAAGACAAAGAAGAUUCCUGUUGCGUAAUAGCUACGAUGGGAAACACAGAGAGUGGUUUCAAUAGGCACAUUGAUUUUGUCAAAUUGAGAGAAUGCGAAAAAGAACAUGACAACGAAACAAGAGAGGCCAGAUUCGCGUUUCGCUGCCCAAUUCUAAACUCAACCCCGAACUGGACGUUGGUCAUUCAGUUCCCCAACAGGAACAGUCCGUCUUCCACGAAAACGUACCUGUUUCAAGCUAGAGAAGAAAAUGAUCUCCUUCAAGCCUUCCGAGCGGAAAUUCACGGAAACGUUGAAGUCUUUCAGAAAUCCACGUAUUUCGGUACGGUCGAGACUUCUCCCAACGAAUUACUGGAGAAAGCGAAACAAGUGAAAACAGGAGAGUACAACGUAUUAGCCAAUAAAAAAGCAUGGCUAAAAGAAUUUUUGGAACUUAUAUCCCCCGAGUUGUCGAUCGAUCUUAGCAGAAAAUAUCUUAGGGCUAAAAGAGAAGCAAUUGAAAAUCGAAAACGAAAAGAUGAUAGUUUUAUCCGUAACCUUGUAACAGCGGAAAUGGUUUUGGCUGCUGGUUUGGUUGGUUUAAUGGUGGGUAGUAGUAGAACAUAAUGCAUUUUCCUAUUGAUUGCUUACUUGAAAGGGCAUUGAUCAGUAUACUUAACCCUACCGAUAGUUUGCCCUCCCAAAUGUUUGCCGUGAACUUGAAAGUAACCAAGAACGCCACAUAUUCGAUGGAUUUAAGACUUGCCCCUACAUAUUAGAAAAUCAGUUUUCGGAUUCACUACACUCGACGAGACAAAGUCGGUCGAUUGAUUGAACAAUUAACCGUUCUCUUGAUUGCAAUGCUUUUGAUUAUGCUCUCGUGUGUACACUCCAACCAAAUGUAAACAAUAAACGGCUGCCCUUGGAAGAAAAUUCCGUGAAAAUUCAA